AUGGCAACCCUCGCCCUUCCCAACAGCGCAGGUCGCUCCAUACCAGCAUCGCGACCACGUGACGACAACACUACCCGAAGAAAGAAAGAGAAACGGAGCGACAUCUGGUCGAACCUCCUUCGCCAAACCCGCGAAGCCCAAGCCCGAAGCCGCACCCAGACUCUCCAGCACCGUGAGCUGAUCGUCUGCGGUGGCUCACCCUCAGACCAACGAACCUUCGUCCGCAAUCUGGCUCGCCCACCACCGCCCGCACCACUGAGCAGAAAUCGGGAUCGGGAUCGAGAUCAACGUCCUCAGAGACCGAAAGGGGAGGUGAAGUUGAGUAACAGUCAUGCUUAUGGAUAUGGCCACGUGACUUUGUAUUGUCCGCCGCAGCAGACGGCAGGGAUGUUGUUGGGUGGGGAGGCGGAGGAGGCGGUGAGGAUGGAGGUGCAUACUCUGCCUGAACCGGAUGGGGUGUAUGAGGGGACGUUACGGAGGUUGCUUGCUAUCAAAAGUGAGGGAAGAGGAGAUGGGGUCGAGGAUGAUGUUGGUGACGAAGUGGGGAGGGGAGAGGUGAGACCGCCGAGACCGGAAGUCUGUCUCUUACUGUCGUGGAAAGAGCCAUGGGUGUUCUUGAGCUUAAUGAGGCAGUGGUUGCAACUACUAGCUCGAUCGCUCUUGCCUCCGGAGACUGCCGACGAGGAUCCGAUGGAGGUGGUGAAGGAGCACAAACUAGCCCUCACCAUCGUCGUGCAACACGUCGAAGCUCAAGAAAGUCUGGAGCGGGAUGGCUAUCGGGAAGAAAGCUUCGACUACAUUUCGCAAUGCUUACGUACUGCUGUUCUACCCCUCUCUGCUGCUCUGGUCUACACAUCUAGCAGUACGCCACCACAACAACCAGCCUCCACUUUAUCAGACGUGCAAAAGGUCAUCUUCACCGGCAUGGCUCUAGAUCUGGCGCCACUUUCACCAGCCCCUAGCAAGACCACUACCACAGCCAAUCGAGACGAUCUAGCACCAAAACAUAAUGUCGUCGACCGCAUGGCCAUCGUCGUCCCUAGCGGCUGGGAUAGUCUUGGCAAGAUCCGACUGCUAUCCGAAACAUUCUCCCCCGAAGCCGUGCUAGACGCAUGGACAACAGACUUGCGUAUCCCGGUCCUCAUACAGCCAAAUCCCACUCAGCCAGACGACCCACCUGAACAAGCAUCACAGCCCGAGUACCAAGCAAACGGCGGUGCAGAACGACACGAGCCAGAAGCAGAAGUGUACGCCACCUCAGAAGUAGGCGACGAAGACUCUGAACUAGCCUCUCGCCCCACAUCACCCUCCAAGCAAUCUCUCUCAACGAUCGCGACUUUCGAACAGACAAUCUUGAAUCCGAACGCCUACAAAGUGGCCAAACCGCCUCAAAUCCAAGUAACCACAAAACCAACCCAACAAUUCCUAGCAGAAAUGCGGACCCAUCUCCUCGAGCUCGAAGCACAGGAUACCGAGCGUGCGAAAAACAAUCCGGGUUCAUCGUCUGGAGUAUCGACGACAGCGGGCGCAAUUCAUAGUUCGAGCACGAGUACGACUCGCGUGGCCGGUCUCCCCUCUGGAGGCGAACAAAGCGGCGCCCUGGAGAAUCUAGGCGAUGUCUCCUUCAACGUCGGAGGAGUGAACUACAACGCCGUCUCCGCCUCUGCGGCGAUCGAACGCCUUAAACGUCCUGCGCAGCCUUCAGGCUUGGAGUCGCCUGUAAUCGCGGCUAGUCCUUCGUCUGGGCGUAAUAUUACUCCCCGGCAACCACGACGAGAAGACCGGGCUGCGGACGUCACGCCUCGAUCACUCCAGAGGUCUUCAGCGAGAUCGACGUCGGGGAGGGAUGGGUCUUCGACGCAGCCGAUGGAUAAGUUGGAGGUGGAUAAGUUGGAGGAGUACUUUGCUAGUUUGAUGAAGAAGGGGACGCCGUCUGGUGGUGGGACGGGGAGUGGGAGUAGUACGCCUAGUAAGGCUCAGAGAUAG